UCUUAUCUAGAAGGGUGGAAGAAGAGAUUGAAAUGCGUCAGCUCAAGCUGAAGCAUAUUGAAGAAGGUAUAGCUUUCAGUGGAAGGAGAGCAAAGACAGCUAGAUCUCAAGGGAAGAAGGUUCAAAUAACUGUUGAACAGGAAAUUUCAAAAAUACUUGGGAACUUGGCUUGGGCUUACUUGCAGCAAAACAAUUAUAGUUCUGCCAAAAAACAAUGCAGAUUGCUCAUCAAGGUUCUUUUCUCACAAGGUGUUAAUUACGCAACUUAUCAAUGAGAGAAACAAAGAGGGAGGGGACGAGAAUGGUUGGAGAAAAGUCGAUUUAUACCAGCUCUGUAUGACAUUUCUAUGUUGAGUAGAGACUUAGAGAGGGAGGGAGAAACACGUCGUAAAAGGGGAUUUUGACUUACACAUGAUGGGUGAAGCAUAUUUGUGGAUUGUGGCUUUCUUUCCGUUCAUUCAUAAGGAAUGUGGAGAACAAUCUAUUCUUUGGACCUAUACCUGCAAAAUUGCUGUGUUCCAAAUUUUUGGUGCUGUGGAUUUUUUUGUUCUGACUUUCAUGUAUAUAUAUAGAGAUGGAUUGUCUUUUAACAUGGAUUUGGUUCUAUCGUGUAUGCCAAAUCCUGGAACUAGUUAUAUACUCUGUUUGGCUCCUCCACUAUUGUCUGGUUCUGCGUGUCAGAAAUACUCAGAAGCAAUAUUUCGCUAUACGGCAAAGUGCCAAGCAAGUCCAAAGAAUUUUAGUUUCAGGGUCAUCAAAGUUGUUGGCCAAUAUUCUGUACUCAUGGGUCUAUCUGUUGGGAACUUAAUUGCUAGUGCUGGUUUCUAGGCAGUUUGUGGAUAUGUCUCGUAUUAGAAUUGAGGGCCUUCUUGUGGCUUCUCCCAAGUUGGUAGGCACAGGAAAACAACAUACAUAUGUUUAGACGGAAAAUGUGUGCUGUGUACCAGCCCAUUGAGGCUUUGUAGUUGCUGCUUGUAACAAACAAACAGAGCAACAUCCUAGAAGAUUUGGAGACUUUGUUGAGGAUGCUCUCUAAGCUUGUACCUGAAUAUUCCUAUUCUGUAGAUGAAGGGGGUAUACGCAAGACAGCUUUUGAGCUGAUUUUUUAUUUUGAUGAAGUCAUCUCUCUUGGGCACAAGGAAAAUGUAAUAGUUGCACAGUUUAAGCAGUACUGUGAGAUGGAAAGUCAUGAAGAGAAGUUGCCAAGCUGGUAUUGCAGAGCAAGAUUAAUGAAACCAAGGAUUUUAUGAAGCACAAAGCCUGUGAGAUAGAUGAAAGCAAGAUUGAAAAGGGAAGAGGUGAAAGGGAGGGUUUAUGUCUUUACGGUCAAUGGGCUGUGGAAGGAUUGAGAGUAGCUUUAGUGAUAUGAGCAUA